AUGAAGUUCCUCGCUGUUGCCUCUCUCCUCGCUGCCACCGCUCUGGCUCUCCCCGGCGGAGGUCACGGCGGAGCUCCUUCCGUCCACCCUACCUUCGACAGCUCCAACGAGUACACUCUGCAGCAGGCCCAGAACAAAUGCGGCGACCACACCACUCUUUCUUGCUGCAACCAUGUCUCCAAGGUCGGCGACACCAACGCCUUCAACUUCGGCAUCCUGAACGGCCUUCUUGGCAACGCCAUCAGCGGCCCUGAGGGUGUCGGUAUCCUUUCCGGCUGCCAGAAGAUCUCCGUCACCGGCCUUCUCGGUCUCAGCGACUUGCUCAACAAGGGAUGCCAGCAGAACGUUGCUUGCUGCCAGGACAACAAGUCUGUUGCUUCUGAUGGUCUCAUCAACGUUGCUACACCGGCCUGCGUUGCUCUCGGCUCCAUCGCCUAA